AUGGCCGACGAGAUCCGCCGCUCCGGCCGCGCCAACAAAGGCCACCACACCAAGAACGCAGAUUCCCUCGACGAGCCCUCCCCCGCUCCCAAGGCCAAGGCGCCACCAGUUCCGGAGAAGAAGGGACAGGCGCAAACCAAGAAGGGACAAGCAAAGGCCCAGUCACAGCGCGCGCAGUCGACGCAAUCUUCCCAGCAAGAUGAGGAAGAGGAGGACGCCAUCAUCCGCUGUGUCUGCGGCGACCAGCGCGACAUUCGCGGACGCCAGAUGAUCUGCUGCGACAGCUGCGAAGCCUGGCAACACAACAAAUGUUUAGGCCUCCCCGAGGGCGACUUCUGGGAGGGCAAGAACUACUACUGCGAGCAAUGCAAGCCCGAAGACCACACCGAGCUGCUCGCUGCCAUGGCGCGUGGGGAGAGACCAUGGGCGCGCAAGAAGGGCUCCAAGCCCAAGCCCCGCCCCAGCGACGUCAAGCAGGAGGCUGUCUCCGAGAAGGCCAGCACGCCGCAACAGUCGGCGACGCCCUCACAAACCGCUCAGGCCCCAGUUGAGGCUCCCACGCCCACCCCUGCUCCCGUCACUGUGCCUACACCAGAGGCCUCCAACGGACAUGCAGAGUCAAAGGUAUGCCGUUAUGAACUAAACAGACUGUCACACGCUCACAUUUGUAAACAGGAGACGAGUCAGCCACAAUCGCCACUUGGUGAGAAACGUCGCCAUGAGCCUGCCACUGAAAAGGCCAACGCGAGCAAGAAGCGCAGAAAGUCUAGCCACCACGAGAGCAAGCCGACCCCUCAGUCAGCCCCAGUCGGCGACAUCGAUUCGCUCCCGCAGAACCAAAAGGCUGUGGCAGAGAAGCUUCGGGACACACUCGCACCGUUGAUUAGCACCGCCUCAGAGACCAGGGGUUUCCGCAUACCGGAUGGGCAGACUGCCAAAUCUCUGGCCACCAAGUACACUCUCGAAAUGAGUCAUGCCGCUUUCAAUCUCUACGGAGAACCUACUGGCUCGUCUUCGCCAUACUUCACCAAAAUCCGUACCAUCAUGUUCAAUGUCAAGAAGAACACGGUGCUUGUGGAUCGCCUCCUCUCUGGAAGCUUGAAAGCUGAUGAUCUAGUCAGUAUGGAAGCUGAAGAGAUGGCAAGCGAGGACAAGCAACGUGAAUACGCAGCCAUGCGCGAAGCGGCCGAGAAGCAGAUGAUCCUGACCGAGGAGGCCGGACCGCGACUACGCAAGACUCACAAGGGCGAGGAGAUUGUCGGCGAAGACGCCUUCGAGAACGACCAUGACGACUUCAAGCAGCCCACGCUCCGCGAACGAGAGAGCAUCACCGAAGACACUGCGAUGCACUCACCAUCCGGAACACGCCCUCCAGAGAGUCCCGCAGGUGCAUCACGAAGACCUACAGAGAUUGACACUGCCCAGUCCGAGCACGCACGCCGCGCAUCGGCCAACUUCGACAUCAACUCCGUCUUCGACAAAGUCCGAUCGCCACAGCAUGAUCAGCAGGCCUUCCUUCAGCGUCGCCAAAGCUCAAUGCAUAUGCAAGACAAGCCUCCGGCUGCAGUUGAUGACGCCGACGUCGACCGUUUGCUCAAAGACGAAGACAAUGAUGUUGAGAUGUCAGGAUACUCCUCGGACCCGACUGUUUGCUGGCAGGGCUCUAUCAAUAUGCAGUCAAUGGAGCCUUUCGAUGCGGUCGCUAGAUUCGUCGCUGGUGGUGACUUCGGUCAGAUCGUGCCAUGGGAGAAGCUGCUGACCAACACCGUGGCGAUCCAGGGGCGCAUCGAAAGCGCAAAGGGAAACGACUACAUCCAGAACAUUGGCCACACCGAAAGCCAUGAAGUUUCCAUCCUGGCCGUGAGCCCUGUUACAACGGAUGGACGCACCAUCAUGGACCAUCUGUAUGAGUACUUCCACUCACGCGGCAGAUGGGGAGUAGUACCUGUCGAAGACAACGACAUCCUGCGCGACCUCUACGUCAUUCCUAUUGAGGAGGGCGGCAGCAACCUCCCUCCUUUCAUCGACAUGCUCGAGUACUGCACGAUCGAGACCCCUCGCAAGGAACAUAUGUUAAUCCUAGCCAUGGUUGCCAAGCUUCCCGAGAUCAAGCCUCAGCUUCCACCUACCCAACAUUUCGAGCGAUACCCAGAACAAGAGAUUGCAACUGGUCAAGUCGCCCCGCCUGUCCUCAACAACGGCCCAUCGCCGCUUAGCAACCCUCAUGCACCUCAGUUCUCGCCUGUCAGUGCUGCCUAUCCACCAGGCGGCCAGUACGGCAACCCGUUCGCCGCACCGCCUGCAAACAUGGUCCCAGUCCAACAACCCACGCCACCCGUCAACGGCCCGCCGCAUCACCAGAUCCCCAAGGCACUUGAGAUACUCGGUCCGUAUAUCGAUGCGCCAGUCAUUGUUACGAUCUUGGGAUCUAGUUUGUCCCAAAAUUCUGUAGUCUCGGAACUGCAGAUGAUCAACCUGAGGCACAUCGUUGAAACCGUACCUGAAGCGCGCGACAACAUCACAGUGCUUACCAACCACCUCCGCUCAAAGACCGAGUCGAACGGCCAGCAGCAGGCACAGCCAUCUGCCGCCCCGUAG